UCCCUGCUGCAUGUAUCAUGAGUAGGUGAGCAGAGAAGGCGUGGGCCCGCACAGAGGCAGGCAGAGGAGCUGACGGAGCAUUAAUGAGAUACUGACCGGUUAGAGUUACAGGGAUGCAGUUUUAGCCAUAUUCCACCACUGCUUUCAGGCUUCAACCGCGGACUUGACAACGUCCAAAUUGGGACAGUUUUGCCCUUGAAAACAAACUUUAGUGGAUUAAUUCACCCUCAAAAAAUGGGCUCGGGGCGAUUUCGCGUAAAGACGCCGGGGAUAGUAGCGGUUCUCGCCCGCUCAGUUCUUUGUACCGUCGGGCUAUUACUCACUUUUUCUCAGCCUGUCUGCGAGGCGUUCAACUUGGACGUGGAGAACCCAGCUGUUUACAGCGGAACUACGGGGAGCUACUUCGGUUAUGCUGUGGACUUUUAUUUGGCUGAAUCUUUCAGUGCAAGCGUGGUGAUAGGAGCUCCCAAGGCCAACACAAGGCAGGUUAAUGUUACAGAGGGAGGAUCUGUCUUCUACUGUCCAUGGAGCCUCAGCCAAACAGAUUGUCACAUCAUCGAGUUUGAUCCUGAAGGGGAUCGCCCCGUGUUGCUGAAUGACACAAAACAUCAGGGUGAUUUCAAGUCCCACCAAUGGUUCGGCGCCACCGUGCGUUCUCACAACGACACAAUUCUGGCUUGUGCCCCUCUCUACUCCUGGAGGACUGAAAAGGAUGUGCCUCAUUCUGAUGCCACAGGAACCUGCUACCUCUCAGCCCAAAAUUUCACAAAAUUUGUGGAAUAUGCUCCCUGCCGCACAGAGAUCAGUGAUGCAGUGGGACAAGGUUACUGCCAGGGAGGAUUCAGCGCCGACUUCACAACGGAUGGCAAAGUUGUUUUGGGAGGGCCAGGCAGCUACUUCUGGCAAGGUCAGGUGAUCACUGCAGCUAAGGAGGACAUUAUCAAAGCGUACUACCCAGGCUAUUUCGUGCAGUCUGUGGAGAACCAGAUUCAGACCAAACAGGUCCGGGCUAAUCACGAUGACAGCUACCAAGGCUACUCUGUUGCUGCUGGGGAAUUCAGUGGUGAUCAGGUAGAAGAUUUUGUGGCUGGUGUUCCGAAAGGACUCAUGCUUUACGGUUCGGUGUCUGUUCUGAACGGUACAGAUCUAAAGACCAUGAUAAACUACACUGGUGAGCAGAUGGGGUCAUAUUUUGGCUAUGCGGUAGCAACAACAGACAUCAACAGCGAUGGGAUGGCUGAUCUGCUGGUGGGAGCUCCCAUGUUUAUGGUCCGAGGCUCUGAUGGCCGCCUGGAAGAGAUGGGCCGGGUCUAUGUUUACUUACAGCGUGGUCCCCUGAACCUGGAGCUCCUCCUACCUCACUUGACAGGCACCCAGGUGUUUGGGAGAUUUGGCAGCACCAUUUCACCACUGGGAGAUCUGAACCAGGAUGGUUUCAAUGAUGUUGCUAUCAGCUGUCCAUUUGGAGGGGAGGAUCAGCGGGGACUGGUCUACAUCUAUAAUGGAUACUCUGAAGGACUCAGGGAAAAGCCAUCUCAGGUCAUCACUGGCCAGUGGGCUGCUGGAACUGUUCCUGCUAGCUUUGGAUUUGCCCUCAGGGGUGCUAAGGACUUGGACAUGAAUGGAUACCCAGAUCUUAUAGUUGGUGCCUUUGGUGUUGACAAAGCAGUUCUUUACAGAUCCCGCCCAAUAGUUAACACCAGUGCCUCUCUGACAGUUUACCCCACCAUGAUCAACCCUGAAGAGAAGAACUGCAUGGUCACCAGUGGAAACACCAGCAUUCCUGUUUCCUGUGUCAAUUUGAAUUUCUGCAUAUCUGCUGAUGGGAAGCACCUACCGGACAUCAUAGCUUUCCAGGUGGAGGUGCAGCUUGAUAGUCAUAAGCACAAGCAGAAAGGUGCAGUGAAGAGGGCUUUGUUCUUGGACUCCCAGCAACCCUUGCUCCAGAAGAGUGUGAUUGUGCGCCAUGGCGAGCGUGUUUGCAACCACACCAAGAUCUACCUAAGAGAUGAGAAAGACUUCAGAGAUAAACUCUCCUCCAUUUAUGUGGCCUUGAACUUCAGCUUGGAUCCAAAAGUUGCAGCUGACUCACACGGCCUGCGGCCCAUCCUCAACUAUCAGACCACCAGUAUAAUUGAGCAGAAGGCUCAGAUUCUGUUGGACUGUGGAGAAGACAACAUCUGUGUUCCUGACUUGAAGCUGGCGGUCCACGGGAACAGGAAGGAAGUCUACCUGGGUGAUGACAACUCGCUAACCUUGACUUUCAACGCCAGAAAUGAGGGUGAGGGAGGGGCGUACGAGGCAGAGCUGUAUGUGGUGCUGCCGCCUGAAGCUGACUACAGCGGCAUUGCCCGCAAUAAUGAGAGCCUGACCCAGCUGACCUGCAGCUAUGAGACAGAGAACCAGACGCGAUACCUCAGCUGCGAUUUGGGCAACCCGAUGAAGUCUGGCACCAGUCUGUGGGCUGGUCUGCGCUUCACAGUGCCACGACUGAAGGACACGCACAAAACUGUUCAGUUUGAGCUUCAGAUUCGCAGUAAAAAUGAGAAUAAUUCCCACAGUGAGGUUGUACCCUACAAGCUGGAGGUGGUUGUUCAGGCUGAGGUCAUAGUACAGGGUGUGUCCCGACCAGAUAAGGUCUUCUUCCCGCCAGCCAACUGGAAGGUGACCAAAAACUAUGGGGUGGAGCAGGACGUCGGGCCUGCAGUGGAACACAUCUAUGAGUUGCUGAACAACGGGCCCAGUCGGAUCAGCCACACCCUCCUUGAGCUACGCUGCCCUCUCAGUGUCCAGGGCCACACUCUCCUUUACCCCCUGGAAUUCUCCACAGAAGGCCCCAUCAACUGCACCACAGACAAGAACAUGAACCACCUACGCCUCAAACUCCAGCGCACAUCUACAGAACCACCUAUUCUGGCUCUGAAGGCAAAUGAGCACCAUGUCGAGAAGAGGGAUGUCCACAAGAACCAACUCGCUCAUUUGACUAACCUGUCCUGUUCUAAUGCAGAGUGCUGGACACUCCAGUGCAACGUGGGUCUUCUGAAGAAGGGGACUACUGCUAUCCUCAAAGUGCGCUCUCGUAUCUGGGCUGAGACCUUCAUUGAGAAAACGUACAAGCAAUAUGUGCUGGAGUGCAUGGCCAGAUACAGCGUGAAGAAGAUGCCUUAUGCCAUCCUACCCAAACAUUUUCCCAGUGGACACAAAAAAGUGGUGACACCAGUUGUGUGGAACAAGCCAGAUAUCGAAAACUCGGUUCCCCUGUGGAUCAUCAUCUUGGCCAUUCUGGCUGGUUUACUGCUUCUGGCUCUCCUCAUUUAUGUACUAUACAAGUUUGGCUUCUUCAAGCGAUCUCUACCUUAUGGCACUGCAAUGGAGAAAGCGCAACUCAAACCACAGGCUGCCUCUGAGGCUUAGAUGACAACCAGAGCUACCAGAACCACAGUACCUGGCCAUAUGAUUGCAACGGAGAAACACGAUGGAACAUGUAGAGUGGAUCAGAAAGCAGUUGAAGAGUUACGUGAAAGAGAGGCCACUGGAACUCCGCUGCGCUGCACUAGAUGAAGAUGAAAAUCCAAAGAUCUCCAAGCCAAAUGAAUGUUUUCUUUUUUUUUAAUUUAUGUCUUGUUUGUUGGCAGGUUGGAAUUAUCACCAAACAGAACUUUUAUCAAUGCCUCAGGGCUGACAUGAGACUGACCAACAAGAUAUUAGCUGCAAAAAGAAAUGCAGGCUACCUUCAGCCUGCAGAUGCAGUGAUAUGCCUGUUGGGUUUCCUUUUGUGAGUUCUAUGUUAACCCUUUAACUGCCUUAUCUUGGUGCUAAUGAUUUCUGAUGUGUUCAUUGCCUCUGACAGAAUAUGGCCACAUGUAGCAUGCGCCAGCCAGGAGCUGUGAAUUGUGUCGCCUGCUGAGGCCUGAAAGUAUUCCUCUGGUAUCUCCUGAACACAUUGUUUUAUUUUCAGAAGAUCGGUAAACAGGUUUCAGGUGAAAACAUUGACCUGGUGAAAGCAAAGGCUUAUACCUGCGUACAUGUUGAAACCUAAUCUAUUUAACAGACUCAGCUUUUAUCAGAAAAUUUAAAGUUUGACAUAAUUUAAACCCUGUUCCCCCAAUUUUUUGCCUAAUGCAUGCUGGGAGACGCCAACCCAGCACACUGCAGCCCUGAACAGGAUAAGCAGGCAUAGAAAUUGCAUGGAUGGAUGUUUCUCAUGAAAAUGAUCUCUCUCUGCCUCAGGUUGGUGGACAGCGCUGGGUUGAGUUGUUUUUGCACUCAAAGGAAAUCUACUGAUAUAAUUCCAAAAGACACCUAAGACUGACUGACUGACCUUCCUUUGAGUUCUGAUUUUGACUCCUACUGAUCACUUUGUUUGAAUCCUAUUUGUUCAUGUUCAGUUGCCAAUGCUGGCGUCGCCAUUGUUGUGUAGUCGACUGGGAAGGGACUGGAACCACCGCAGACCUGUGAAACCUCACAUUAGGCUUGAAACAGUGUGGUGUUUCUGUCAAAAAAAAGAAGUGGUGUUCUCCUAAAGGAUAUUUCGCCGUCUUUACUUCAGCUUUGUUUGUGUUGGGCUCAUACAGCAAAGGAGUCCAAACAAAUGACGAUUAGGGGAAACCACAGAGUUAACAGCCAAUCAGCAACGUUGUAGCCUUGACAGAGAGUUUUAGUCUGAGAGCAUGCAGGAUCAUCACUCUCUAAGCAUGAAGGAUCCAUAUUCAGCUUACAGCGUGUGUUACUGUGAGAUACUGUAUUUUUUGAUUGUGUUUUGAGUAAAAGCUGCCCAUGUAUAGAAAGAGAAGUGGCUGAGGUCAUCACACUACCAAAAGGCUACAGGGACUGAACAUUAAAAUGCUUUGUGUUGGUUUCUUUUAUUUGCCAUGUACAUAGAUUUUAUGUGCCUUAAAUGUAAAUACUUAAUGUCUGUGGGCUAGAGUUAGGGCUGUGUGAGCUUGUGUGUAUAUAUGUGUGACUUCAUGCAUACAUGCAUUUGUACGAAUGGUGUAUUUAUGAAUGUUUGUUUUUGUGUGUGAAUUGGUUGUCACCUUUCCCACUGCUUGGUCCUGUUUAUCCCCAUCACCUCUGUAGCUUCAGAUCACGGAGGUUUAGCCAUUCGACAUUACAUUAGGCUCGACGUGACAGCAUGAAUACAGUCCAUAUUCAGGAUGACUUUUUCAACCGCGUGGCAGCAAUUAAAUACUUAAAACCUCAGUGGACAUGAUAAAAGGGCUGCCGUCCAGAUGUAAGCAUCCAACAGGAUGUCUUGUACCUCUAACAAAGGGAUAAAAACUAGGCACUGGGAACUCAAUGUUGUUUGGAAGUGCAAUAUUUAUAGUCACUCUUUUUAAUAUUACAGUGCUUUCUUUUGUUUUAGGUUUUAUUUGUGGCUCAGUUGUGACAAAGCAGAACUUUUUGUGUCAAAGUAUGUGAUAAGCACAUAGACUAGAUCUUUUGUGAGGUUCUGGCUUUUCACUUUCACUUGCUUUCUCACCGAGUGUGAAACUUUUUUUUUUUCCACUUCAGAUAUACUCACCACUUCAUUGCUGGACCACUUUUCUGAUUUUAACUGAGUUUUAUACCACAGACUGACACAGAAAGACAAACACGAGAACAUAUCUAACAUUGAAUUUGGGCAUGUUGACACAGUUUGAUUUUUGUGCUCUGCUGUUGCACCUGCCCAAACACCAACAUUAUACUAAUCAUAUGAUUUUACAUUUGUUUGCCUCACCACACUCUUUUCACAUACAACCCCCCCCUCCCCAUUGGAUACUGAUUUACUAUAAGCCAAAUGGUCCCCAAAAAUCCCCGCUUGGUAAUUGAUUCCAAACAUUAAACAUCGUGUGAACAUUCUUUACUGAACAGGUCAGCCCAUUAUUUAUAAUGACAGGGGAUUGUUUUCUUACUUCCUCCACGAUUACAUCAGGAGAAGGCACUGGGUUUUUUUCUUUUUCUUUCUUUUUUUUAACGUGUCUUAGCCCAUUUUUGCUCUCCUAGACUUCCAAAAAGAAGUUGUACAUAUUUAUAACAAGGGGAGUUUUUUGAAUUCAAAGGAUAACCGAGUGUUGUGAAUUUUUUCACCCCAUAUUGGGGAGAAUAUUUGUGGCAGAGGGAAGGAAUGGAGGGUGGGGGGUUUUCGAGGUCAAUUUUUACCUGUUUAUGGUUUGUACUUUAAAUAAAAUAUUUCGCUUUUUACAAA